AUGAAAGAUUACAAACCAGAUAUUUUAAUUAUGCUAAAGCUGAAGGUUGAUAUCAAAGUGGAUUUCUUUGUUUGUGAGAUAAAAAAACCAGGUAGUUCAUCAAAUAAGUAUGAAACCGGUUUCGUCAAGUCCCAACGAGAGAUGAAAGCAAUUAUUGACCAACAAAUUGAUUUGGGUGUUAACAAUCCAGUCUGCUACGGUCUUUUAGUUGAAGGCUAUGAUUGUUAUCUAUAUCAAAUGUCUCUUGAAUACGAAGCUGAAUAUCGAUCUCGUCUAAUAGCCCAAUUUCGUACUUUACGAGAUGCUCUGGAUAUCAUGAUCUUACUACCUGCUAUUAAUAUACUAUCAUAUCUUGAUGUAAUUAUAUAUAUAUUUCUUUUCACGAAUUGA